UAGAUGCUGAAGUUUUAGCGAUAGGGAGUGCCAACACCAAGUAAAGUGUUGGCGUAGUUGCUUCGCUAGCAUCAUUAUGGGACUUGUCAGCAAUCGUAGACUCUGCGUUGUGCUUUCGUUGCAGUUCUUUUUGCUGCUGGAGGUGAUAUCGAACCCUAAGGGUCAGGCGCCUUCGCUGAGUCGGCAGGUUCCGCGUAUUUCCGAGAGCGAUGGGGGUAGAAAGGUGACGAAGUAUGAUGAAUCAGAAUUACCUCCAACAACUUCUCAGAACAGCCUCCAUGUUGAUCGAACCUCUUCGGCACGUCAUGAUCUCGAUCAUCAAAAAGUGAAGAGAAGAUGGGCCAAGGAACGGUUACAGGGGGGGUCAAACACUACACAUGAAGAUGGUCCUGCGAGCACAGGAGACUCGACGACGAGUGAGAACACGGGAGCACGCCUAGAGGACAAGCUCAAUAAGGAUGUUGACCAAGAACACCAGCAGGUCCUCCUGCAACUGCGGAUGUCAUAUCGCGAAGAGCCUGCAAUCCCCUUGAACCUAGAGAAAAGGACACCGUGCGGAAGCAUUGUCACAACUGCUAGUUCGAAGAAAGACGGUUCGAUAGUAGAAGGCGAAGACGACGAAGUUCAGAACCCUUUGAUUUCCGCUACACCUGGAGCUGAAGCAAAAGGAGAGCAUCCGAAUCCUACAGCGCGUUGGAUAUUGGAUCACGGAGUUUGCCCUCACAAUUACGAGGAUUUGUUCCGUCGAGCUAGAUUGCUGCACCAGGAGCGACUUGCGCUUGCUGAGUUGAGGCGAGAGAGUAUUGCAGAAGCAUUUCCAGCAACUGCACGGGCUGACGUCAAUGAUGAGAAGAACAUUUCUCCUGAGAUGAAAAGAACAAACGCAAGUGAAUAUGGAAUCACAUCCAACCGCAACAAGUGUUGCAAGGCGAGAAGGCCGAAUGGUAAUGACACUUCUACUUCACCUGGGGAUGGGAAAACGGGCACCGAAGAUGUUGAGUGUUUACUUAGGGAUACCGACGAGGAACCUGAAGCUACAAAUAGUAUCUAUACCGAAGACGAGUCAGUACCCUGGGAUCCGGAGAUUACCAUAGCCCCGCCUCCAGAACACGUGCAGGUGAAGACUUGCUGGAACCGGACGGGAGUCGAACCUGGCAAAUUCACCUUCGAAAAAUGCUGUUCAUCUUCAUCGUUCGGCCUUGCAAAUGAAAGUAGAGCUAUAGGAAAGCAAGACAGUCUCAAAAACAAUCAUGGUGACGAGGAAAAUCCUCAGAAAGACACGACAUCCGCUGGUGCGUCUUGUUGGAACGGGCGGCAGUAUACACACGCAACGUGUUGUUUGAAUGAAACGCUAACCUAUCGCGGACGUUACGUGCCGAAUACAUCAAAACAAUGGCGCUUAGUCGUCACAGAUCCGCACCUCGGAUCCUGGCACGUGAAACUAUGUUUGACACGAGAAUCACUUAUGACAAGAAUUCUUCCUUUGUUUCCUAGCUAUCAUUUCGUAAGCGUACUUCACAUGACUAUCCACAUAUCGCUUUUCUUUUUGUUUUUCUUCAUAUUGGUAGAAAUAACAGUCUUGUUCUUCUUGUACUUGUUGUCCUUUGAGUUGUCGCGAAGCAAAUGCCCUUCGUUAACAUGAACAUCAACAUCUUUGAUAGGUUAGCGCUAUUGCUAUGGCAGCAGGCAGGCGUAAAGUAUUUUUACCGGUGAUCGUGAUUGAAAUGAAAAUUUAAUAUGACAACCCUCAUUUUUCUCGUAAGCAUGAAAUCUUUACACAUUUUCUGUUUCUCAAAUUCAUGAUUCAGCUAAUUCAUGUUUUGUACAAAGCCCUCUUCAUCUGCUGAAAUCGAGUUUUACAGUAAUCCGCAGUGCAGUAUCCGAGCGAUGCGAUCGGUCUCGAUUGACGGCGGCUAUCGCAAACUUCAUUUUGCGUCCAACGCCUUCGACGCCUUCAGCUUUGGGUUCUACUUCUCCAAGCCUGAGCCAAUGCCAGAGCCACCGAAAGCCACAGAAUCUGCAAUUGCAACCGGUACUCCUCCACCAUAGUGGCACUUCGCAUGCAAAGUGAAUAGAGGCAGACACUUUUAUCUUCCGCACGGUUGGUUAGUUGAUUUUAUUUUGAUCGAUCGACUGAGACGCGGAGUUCAAGAUUAUGUAAUCAUAACAGUCUCAAUUUCAUCGUCCCCAUUUUUGGGAUUUAGUACAUCAAUGGCUGUAACUGUAUUCAGUAUCCAUGCGUUAGUAAUAUGACAUUCUCUGGGUAUGAAAUAUCAUCAUUUCCAAUUUAUCCAUCAGGAGACGCGCAAAGUGUUACAGCGGGUCUGCACUGGCUGGGAUCCAAGUUAGUGUUCGCGGAGCAAGUUUUCUGCAUUCGCAUACGUCAUGAGAAUAUGCCUUUCGUCGGCCCGGUGCGAGCAGAAAUGCUAGUUUUAUGAAUAGUUUCUUAUUCGAGAGAGUAUCAAAAUUUUGGUCUUCUUCGGUCUAUAUCAUUAUUCUUCUAUUCUGGGCGACUUUCCCCACAGUGGCAUCUGUGGGUGUCAAGUGGGCAAGGCCUUUGGUCGCGCCGUUCAGUUCGCCGUAAGGUGCCGCCGCGCUGACCAGGAUGAACGAGUGAGUGGGCGAUGGUGUUGGUGUACUAGCGUUAUAUCCUUACCUAACCUAACCUAACCUAUCCCUACCCUCACUUAACCAGUGGCUGAAGUCGGGCUAGGUUCUCACUACAUUUUCGAACAGAAUACCAAAAAGACCGUAUUAACCAUGCAUUGCAUUAAUUUCAGCACUUUAAGCAUUCUAAUCGUCGGAGAAUCCUCGUGGGUAGCCGUGCGUGAGUUUCAGCGUGUUCCUGGUGGCCGUUCGGUCAUCCUGCGACUCUUUGGGCCGCCUUCCUUCUCAGACAGCGCGGAGACCAUUUCUUAUGGGCAAAAUCUUGACUGUUUAUCAUUACCAUUCCCACGAAAUUGUUGUUUGCGGAGCUUGAUUAUGGUCACGUUGUCGGUCAUACUUCAGGAGCCAUAUCAUUUUGCCGAGGGAGACUAUAGUAUGGUCUUCCAUCUUCUAAAAUACAGACGCGUGGGAGGAAAGCGUGGACCAUGAUGGACUGGAUCGCCUCCUACGGGACAUGGAGUCGAAAGGGCUGGAACAGGAGCUGAUUUCCUAAAAACAAAAAAUGAAGCGCUUUAGUUGUACUUUCGUACUUUUCCAUAUCGUUUUUAGGUGGCGGACGGACCGCGUCGGGUUAGGCUGGACAACAGAUGAUUCCAAUGCUGUAAAAGAAUUGAGAAUAGAGUACUUCACUUUUCAUGUCGCUCCUACCGACUUCGCAGUAAACAAGGUAAUGCCAAUGGGAAAUGAAUGAGUCAUAGAGGAGGAUCUGAUCGUAGGUCUUUCUGUCUAGCAAGUUCGCGGGAAUUCGAAUUUAUGUUGAUAUACAUCGCACUCAGACCAGCUGAUCGGCGACCGACUGUCGUGUUUUCUG